AUGACGAAUUACGCAGUUGUAAAUCCUCGGAGUUUACCUAAGAGUUACAGUGUAACAUCAUCUACGAGGUCUGAUAACAGCGAAGAUUUUAGAGAACUUGUUAGAGCAGCGUCCGCGAGGAGCAUGGGAGAGAAUUUUGAGCUGAAUUUAUUAAUACAGCAACAAAUUCGACAGCAAUUACAGCAACAAAUGCCAUCAAGGAGAACAGUACCGAGGAGUGUUAGUGUUGGUAUGGGAAGAAUCGAUGAAGAUAAGCCAUUUGUUUUAGGAGGUCAAGAAGAUGAUGUUUCGAUUAUGUUAAUGAAAAAUGAUUUGAGGUAUCCUAGGAGUAGAAGUCAUGCUGUUUCAAAGACUAGUAAUGUUCAUGUCUUUUGA